CCUGCCUCUGCCUCCCUAGUGCUGGGAUUAAAGGCGUGAGCCACCAUCGCCCGGCCGGACAGCUGUUCUUAAGGACGGUCUCAAGUGACGUUCUUAGAAGGUGCUUCCUUUCAAAGGAAGAAGCAGGAGCAGGCAUACACCGGCUUCACAAAUCCUAAACACAGAACGGACAGCAGACCCGACCCUACGCCGGGAUCUGGCUCCUUCCAAAGAGCUGGACUUUAGAGCACAGCCUUCAAGAAUAGCUCCGCCCCGCCCCCAGAGCGCGGACGCUGAUUGGUCAUCGUAAUCGCAGGGCGUGGCUAGAACUUAAAGGUCCCAGAGCUUAGUAGGCCGGGAGGAGGCGGUGGCUGCUCCGGAAUCCCAGAGGAAGAGAUGCCUCAAAGGCCCAUAUAGGUUUCUUUAAAACCUCGCUAAUGUCCAGACUCGAGUCCCAGAUCAAUGGAGCCCACCAGAAACUGUCCACUGUUCGGAGGCGCCUUCUCGGCCAUCCUCCCGCCUGGGGCCAUUGAUGUGAGCGACCUCCGACCGGUCCCGGACAACCAAGAAGUUUUCUGCCAUCCCGUGACCGACCAGAGUCUGAUCGUGGAACUUCUGGAGCUGCAGGCUCACGUGCGGGGCGAAGCGGCUGCGCGGUACCAUUUUGAGGACGUUGGCGGGGUGCAGGGGGCUAGGGCCGUGCACGUGUUAUCUGUGCAGCCUCUCUGUUUGGAGAACUUAUCCCUGAGGGGCAGCUGUCAAGAUGCCUGGUUCCUUUCUGGCAAGCAGCAGGUAGCUAAAGAAAACCAGCAGGUAGCAAAGGAUGUCACACUACAUCAGGCCUUGCUUCGGCUGCCCCAGUAUCAGACUGACCUCUUGCUCACCUUCAAUCAGCCCCCCUCUAACAGCAGGUCUCUUGGCCCUGAAAAUCUGUCAUGUCCACCUUGGAGCCUGGGUAAUUUUGAACAACUGGUGACUAGUUUGACUCUUCACGACCCCAACAUCUUUGGUCCCCAGUAAAGAUGGCGGAACACAACAUAACUGCUGCUGAGGACUCAGGGACCCUGCUCUAAGAGGGGGAGUUUCUUUCUGCUUCCUCCCUGGACAUAAACAUAAGACACCUCCUCUGCAGAAAUAAACUUGCUUUAUAAACAA